AUGUGCUUCAGCAUUGACUCGCCCGACUCCCUGGAGAACAUCCCGGAGUCGGAGAGCAUAGAGCUAUGCCUCUGCCGCCCCAACGUCAUGCUUUCAGGGAACGGAGGACCCGCACCCGCGUACGGUGCCGACCCAGGCGAAGAGGGAGCACAUGAGCUGUUGCGGCCGCUGUCGUAUCCGGACACAGACGCCAUCCUCAUGUGCUUCAGCAUUGACUCGCCCGACUCCCUGGAGAACAUCCCGGAGUCGGAGAGCAUGGAGCCUCGCUCCUGCCGCCCCAGCGCCAUGCUUGCGGGGAACGGAGGACCCGCACCCAGGUACGGGGCCGACCCAGGCGAAGGGGGAGCACAUGACCGGCUGCUGCCGCUGUCGUAUCCGGACGCACACGCCAUCCUCAUGUGCUUCAGCAUUGACUCGCCCGUCUCCCUGGAGAACAUCCCGGAGUUGGAGAGCAUGCAGCCUUGCCUCUGCCGGCCCAGCGCCAUGCUUGCUGGGAACGGAGGACCCGCACACGCGUACGGAGCCGACCCAGGCGAAGAAGGAGCACAUGAGCGGUUGCGGCCGCUGUCGUAUCCGGAGACAGACGCCAUCCUCAUGUGCUUCAGCAUUGACUCGCCCGACUCCCUGGGGAACAUCCCGGAGUCGGGGAGCAUGGAGUCUCGUCAUUUCUGCUCCAGCGUGCUCUUUUUUUCUUGCACGGACAAAAAGACGCACACAGGCUUCGAGAGCUCGUAA